UUCAUCUUCAUCAGUUCCUGCUGCUAUAUUUGCCUGUUUGUUGUAGAAUGCUUUCCAAGAUACUAAUAUUCACUGAUUCAGGCUUCAUCUUGUACAAGUAUGAGCAUCAAAAAGUCCCUGAUUCCAUCAUAAACCACUUUAUCCAGUCCAAUUUGAUUUCCUCGAUCAACAGAUCAAACAUCAACAGCUUCAAAGACAAUGCUCCUGAAAAUGAUGUCCAUGAUAAUCACACCCACAACAAUGAAAGUGUCAAUAAAAGCAACACAGACGGCUCUGACAACAUAGAUGAUGCAAAUUUAAUCGAAACCUAUACUUACAAAUCAUAUAAUUUAAAAUACAUCAAACAGCACUCUAUGUCUUUGAUUUUUUUAAUAGUCUAUCCCAAUAUUAUAUCAAUCAACAUCAAAACAUUGUCAAAUUUUUUUAAAAUCUUGAAAAAUCUCUUUUUAAGUUUAAUCCACCAAAAUUUUAAUAAUGACAAAAUUGAUUUAUAUUAUUUAUUUAAUCUCAAAAAUAAUAAGGAUUUUUUGAGAUUUCAAAACCUUAUUCAACUGAAAAUCAAAGAAUUUAAUAAUUCAUUUGAGAAAAAUCAAUCACCAAUAAAUGAUUCAUUUGAAUCUGAAAAUACUGCCAUUACCACCACCACGACUACUACUAUUACUACUACUACUACUACCACUAAUAAUAUUAAUAAUAAUAAUAAUAGCGAUAAUAACAUUCUAAAGGAUAAAAUUAAUGAAAAAAUCAAUUCUUUAUCCGAAAAAUCUUCUAAAAAGAAAAACAAAAAAAUCUCUACAAAAAAAAAUAGAAUUUGGGGUGAUAAUUAUAAUAUAGAUCGUGAUGAUCCAAUCUCCAAAUCUUUAGAUUUUUCAAAUGAUAAAGAUUCCUCAAUCUCCAAUUCAAACUCAACUUCAAACAUAAACUCAAUUUCACCAAAUUCAAACUCAAACUCAAAUUCAAACUCGAACAUGGACUUGAAUAAUUUAAAUCAAAAUUCGAUUAAAAAUAAUUUCAAAAAUUCCCAAGGCUUUAAAACAUUCAAAGAAAUUAAUGAUGAAAUUGACGAAAUUAUCUCUUCAAAUAUUAAUUCCAACUCUGAUAUUUCUUCAAAAAAUAACAAAUCCUCCUCAUCAUCAGCAUCUGCUUCAACUUAUUUAAAACCCUUCAGUUUCUUACAAAACUAUAUUGGUGGGAAAACAAUAACCAACGCAGAUAUCACUAAAACAAUCGAAUUACUAAAUAAUCAUUUAAUUAAAAAAAAUGUGUCUCCAGAGAUUGCUUCAAAGAUUACUUUAAAUAUUCAAAAAAAUCUACUAGGCUCGAAAACUAGAACUUGGGAAUCUGUUGAAUUAACCGCAAAGAGAUCCUUAGCUGAAGAAUUGCAAAAAAUUUUAACUCCAAAUACUUCAAUUGAUUUAUUACAUGAGAUUCAAUUAAAAUUGAAUUCCAAGCAAAAAAAUCCUUAUGUAAUUUCAAUAGUUGGGGUUAAUGGUGUGGGAAAAUCAACAAACUUAUCAAAAUUGGCAUUUUGGUUACUACAAAAUAAUUUAAGAGUGCUAAUAUGUGCUUGCGAUACAUUUAGAAGUGGUGCAGUUGAGCAAUUAAAAACACAUGUUAAUAACUUGAAAAAUCUUUCAAUUGAUGAAAAAAUUAAAAACCAAAUUGAGUUAUUUGAAGGAGGUUAUGGUGGAUCAGAUUUGGUGGCCAAAAUUGCAAAAAGUGCAAUUAAUUAUGCAAAAGAAAAUCAAUUUGACGUAAUAUUAAUGGAUACAGCUGGCAGAAGACAUAAUGAUGCUAGAUUAAUGGCACCACUACAAAGUUUUGCUAGAGCUGCAAAUCCAGAUAAAAUCAUUAUGGUUGGUGAAGCAUUAGUUGGUACAGAUUCAGUUCAACAAGCAAGAAAUUUCAAUAAAGCAUUUGGAGCAGAUAGAACAUUAGAUUUUUUCAUUAUUAGUAAAUGCGAUACAGUUGGAGAUUUGAUUGGUAGUAUGGUUAAUAUGGUUUAUGCAACAGGCAUUCCAAUUUUAUUUGUAGGAAUUGGACAAACUUAUACUGAUUUAAGAACACUCAGCGUUGAUUGGGCAGUUAGGAUGCUAAUGAGUUAAUGAGUUUAAAAAAAAUCAUUAAUAAUUUUUUUUUUUUUUAUAACUUUCAAAAAUUAGUAUUAAUAGCAAUAAUCGAAUUAUGUAUUUUUUUUGUUAAAAGUAUAAAUAGAUGAGUGAAAUUGGAAAUAAAAUUGGAAAUAAAAUUGGAAAUAAAAUUGGGAAUACAAUUGGGAAUAUGAAUUUUAUAGAUCUAAGAUAAAGUACAUGAACCAGGAAUAUU